UUUCCAUCUGAGUGGAGCAGUUGAGCAGGUAGCUCAAGGUCUGCACACAGUUUUCCACAGUUUCUAGAGUUUGGAUUUCAUAUUCCUUAGUCCAGCAUCCAAACUUCAGCACUAAGAUGGGUUACAGGACUGUGGUGAUGUACAUAGAAAUUGGCUGCUUUGUGGUCUGUGUGAGUGGAUGGAUCCUUGUCUGCUCCACCCUGCCAACUGACAUUUGGACCUGGUCUGAGGUUAGCAGCAUAGUCCUGACAUCAUCAAACUACUAUUCCAACUUGUGGAAGGACUGUGUAUCUGAUUCAACUGGAGCAUCUGACUGCAAGCAAAUCCCAUCAAUGCUUGCUCUUAACUGGGACAUUCACAUGUGUCGCGCUCUUAUCAUCAUCUGUAUUAUCCUGGCUUUCUUUGGGUCCAUUCUGGUCUUAGUGGGAAUGAAGUGCACUAAGAUCGGUGGGUCAGAAAUUACUAAUGCAAAAGUAACCUUUGCUGGAGGAAUGAAUUACCUUAUUGGAGGGAUGUGUGCCAUGGUUUCUUUCUCUUAUUAUGGAAGCAGAAUCGUAUCAAACUUUCAUGAUCCCACCUAUGUAGAACAGAAGUUUGAAAUAGGUGUUGGUGUCUUCAUCGGGUGGGGAGGCUCCACCUUACUUAUUGCCGGAGGCCUUAUUUACAGCAUCUUAGCCGGGAGAGAAGCAUGCAGUUCAAGCCCAGAAAGAUGCUCUCCCUCUCAGUUCCCUGGCUAUACAUUCGUUCCAGGAAACAAGAGUGAUGUGUCUGUGGCUCCCACAGAGAUAGGCAAGAGCAGAAAAUCAAAGGCCACCACUGACAGUGAAGUCAGCAGCAUCUCUGUGAUGUCAAGCUCCACUAAGACAACAGCCACUAAUGUUUAUGUAUGACUUAUCUACAGAGGGGGAAAAAAAUCUUCUGUAAGUCUUCGUUUGCUGCUGAGAAGUUUAGUGGUGGUAAAAGCAACUAAAUCUGUGGAGGCAACUUUUAGCUCCUUUUUAGAGUGGUUUGAAUUUCUAGUUAUUAAAUCCUGUUAACAUUUAAGUUAUAAAAUGCCUACACUAAUGUGAAAUGAGGCACUAGCAAAUUUCUCUCAUCAUAUUGCUUUGCAGAACAUGAACACAUACCAGUGCAUGAACUGGUAAGAUUAUAUAAAGAUCAAUUAAAAGGUAUUUUAUGGUUUUGAUGCAAAAGGUUAAAGGCUGUUUAAGGACAUAUUGAAAUGUUGUUCUUUUGCUCUGAUCUGAGCUAAAAAAUGCUGAAAGUAUAUAAAGCUGUGCAUGCAUUAAAGCAGAACUACUAAUAUCAUAAACCUUCAUAGACUGAAUAAGUAGACUAAGCUUUCUAAAGUUCAGUAAUGUGUUUCAAGAUAAUGGCUGAAGGCUGCAUUUAUUGAUCAAAAACUGUGAUGAUGUAUUGUAAGAUGUUUUUGAAAUUUGCAUUAAAUAUACAUUUUGAAGUUGAUUGAUAAUGAACAAAUGUUCGAUGUGAUGCUCCCUAAAACCUCUCCAGUGCGCAUCAAGGGUUGACUCUAAGAAAUGUUUAAAAUUGAUGCAUGAUUGUUAAUGUAAACUUUUUAUUAGUAGGGGAGAAUGGGGUUGAUUGUCACACUUUUACUUUAAUUUAAAUUUUAAAAAAUUGGUAGCCUCAGAUGGCUCCAUUUUAAUCUCUAAUGAAAGCCUGAAGUGUCAAGUCAAAAUGAAUGGACUUUUCACUCCUAAGUAUAAAUCCGUUCCAAAGAUAUGUAAUGCCAAGUACAUCAUGGGCUUUUGUGACAACCAUCCCCAUUGUGGGGUUGGUUGUCACACACUGUGGGGUUGGUUGUCACAAUGCUAUUUCAAUGAGGAAAUAAAAAAAAGUCAUCUGAAAAAAAUGUAAAUUUUGUUGAAAUCUUUUAAUUUAAAGCAUUUAAUUUAAUAUUUAUUUGAAACAAUAAUCAAGAACAGACACAAUUACUUGAAAGGAAACAGUAUAAAAAUGUGUAUAAAAACAGUACAUUAGAACAGACAUAGGCCUACUAAAAUCUGGUAUUGCUUUCACUUAUACCAUGAACUGGCUGAAUAAUUUUUGUACUUUAGUAUCAGUGUCAGAAUUAGAAAAUCAUCCAAAACAAUAUAUCAGACAUUAACAAUACAACAGAACAGAGAUUGGCCUCCAACGACAUCAGGGGGUGUCUGGCCAAAAGUAGUCUUCUAGACAAAUUUUCUGCCCAUCUUCUAUCUACAAAAAAGAAUAAAUUACUAUAUGUAUCACACCAUGCAUGUGACGACCAGCCCUGGAGAGAAAGUGACAACCAUUCCCAACAGGCACUUUAGCUAGAAGUUAAGCUAGCAAGCAUAAACAAUACCCUAGCAAAGAAGGAAGACAUUUUGAACUGUAGCUCUCCCUUUAUAUUAUAAAAUGGUAACAAGUGUUAGAUUUUAAACCAGUGUGUAAAAGACUUAGAAGUAGAAUGCAGAAAAACUGAAAAGUUACAUUUUAAUGUCAAAAACAUAAAAUGUCCUCUCACCUCAAUGUCAAGAGUCAAAAUGCUAAAUUAACCAUGUAGCUAAUAUAUGACCACUAUUAAGGAAAUUUCAGUACCACUGUCUUUCAACAGCUUCCUCUAGUGGUCGAGUUGUAGCCACUGUGACAACCAGCCCUGUUCUCCCCUAUUUGUUGCAUAUCAUGAUAACAAUGUUGAGAGAAAAUGUAGAACUUAAUAUCAAAUCUUGUAAAAAAAAUGUCAGCCUGGCCAUUCAUUCAUUCAUUAAUCCAUUUAUUAUUGAAUUUCAUAUAAGCUGUAUAGUCUCCCAACUAUUGUUACUUUGCAGGCUGAAGGUCAUAUUGCUACCAAAUUAACUGUCUAAAAGUAUAAAAAGUACUUUUCCCCCUCCCCCACUUUAUCACUCACACCACACCAGGUUUUGGAUUUUUAUUUACCAUUUACCUUUAGCACUCAAGUUCCUCUUUUUUUGGUAAGUACCCUUCUGAUUAAGGUUGUUGCUUUUGAUAGACUUAUUAAAAUAGGCUCUGUUUUUUUUUUAAUGUUACAUACAAGGCUGAUUUGCUGUAAUGUAAUGUCUCCAAGAGUGUAUGAUUAUGAGCUGUAAAUUUCUUGAAGACGUAUCCAAAAGUGACCCUUGCACUUUUGACUGCUUUCAUUCUAGACAUUAGUGUCAUGCUCAAUUUCAAAUGCUAUCAAAGUGCUAGAGUUGCAGCAAAUAAACUUUAAAAAAGAUCAACAUCA